AUGACUGACCGAGAAUUGUAUGCCAGAUACAGGUUUUCUCAGCAGGGUAUUGACAGUGGUGCCUUUCAGCAGGUGAUAGGAGACAGUUUCUGCGUAACUAAGUCUAAAGUGUGUCGAGCUAUGGGAGCUAUUGCAGCAGUUAUACUGAUGCACGCCCAAUGGAUAGUGAAUUCAGACGAUUUGUUUCUCAAUUUGGUUGCCAGAUGGCCAGGCAGUGUCCACGACAGCUUUAUAAUUCAGACAGAACCUACUUGCAGUGCAUUGGAAGAUGACCCCAGAUCUGGGGGUAUUGAAGGAGGCCUCCUGUUAGGUAACAGUGGCUAUGCCUUAAGUAGAUUUUUGGUAACACCAUAUGCAGCUCCAGCCAAUGAAAGACGACUACAGUCCUAUAGACCGAAGGUUCAAUGA